UUUUCUCAUCCGAGUUUGCGGUCCACGCAACGGAGUCUCCAGCAACCGUGUAACUUCACGGAGUAGUUUUUACAUUUUUAUUUUCUUUCUCUCGUCUGGUCCGGUCGUUGAAACGGACGGAAGUUUUUAACUGUUUUUUCACCAAACAAGCUCUUUUCUAACUUGGGGUUAACGCGCAGAACCAAGAAAAUGACACAUUUUAAUAAGGGACCAGCCUACGGAUUGUCUGCUGAAGUGAAGAGCAAAAUCGCUCAAAAAUAUGACCUACAAAAAGAGGAGGAGCUCCGCUUCUGGAUUGAGGAGGUAACGGGGAUGUCCAUUGGAGAGAACUUCCAGAAAGGUUUGAAGGAUGGCGUCAUUCUCUGCGAACUGGUUAAUAAACUGCAGCCUGGUUCUGUAAAGAAAAUCAACCUUUCACAGCUAAACUGGCACAAGCUGGAAAACCUGGGGAAUUUCAUCAAAGCCAUCCUGGCUUACGGCCUGAAGCCCAGCGACAUCUUUGAGGCCAAUGACCUGUUUGAAAAUGGGAAUAUGACACAAGUACAGACCACACUGCUGGCGCUGGCUAGCAUGGCCAAGACUAAAGGCAUGGACACAAAGAUUGAUAUCGGAGUGAAAUAUGCCGACAAACAAGCUCGACAUUUUGAUGACGAAAAGAUCAAAGCUGGACAGUGUGUCAUUGGACUGCAGAUGGGAACAAACAAGUGUGCAAGUCAGGCUGGAAUGACGGCGUAUGGGACCAGAAGACAUCUGUAUGAUCCAAAGACUCAGACUGACAAACCGUAUGAUCAGACUACCAUCAGUCUGCAGAUGGGAACCAACAAAGGAGCCAGUCAGGCGGGCAUGUCGGCCCCCGGUACCCGCAGAGACAUCUUUGACCAGAAGGUGGCGCUGCAGCCGGCGGACAACUCUACCAUCUCCCUCCAGAUGGGCACCAACAAGGUGGCAUCCCAGAGAGGUAUGAGCGUAUACGGCCUGGGCCGACAAGUUUACGACCCGAAGUACUGCGCGCCCCCAACUGAGCCGGUCAUUCACACCAACGGCAGCCAGGGCACCGGCACCAACGGCUCGGAGAUCAGUGACAGUGACUAUCAGGCCGAGUUCCAGGAGGACGACUUCCACGGAGGCUACCACAAUGACUAUGACGCCCACUACCACGACCAGAACAUUGACUAUUAGUGGACACCUCCUCCUCCACAGCAGUAUUAAGCAUAUUUUAUCAAGUACACAACAGAGCAAGCCUUCUGCUAUCCUCGGUAGUCCUUUUUAACCUUUUGAAGCAUAAAGAAGUGUUUUCUUGCUCUUCAUCUUCAACUAGACUCUUUGAACAGCCAGAGUUGUACUAGUGUAGAAUAAUUAGUUAACUUGAAAGCAGGCUUUUCAGUAUAAACUUUAAAAGAAAAAGUCAUGGAACAUUAUGGUAGUGACAAUGUCGACCACUUUUGUAACUUUAAAUGAAACCGCUGCAUCCCAGCGUUUCUGAAGCAUCGCUGAUCUGCGCUGAAGUCCUCAACAGUGAUCUGAUUCCUCCCCAUCUCCUCUCUGAAAUGUCCCACGUAGCCAUUGUUGUAGUACUACAAUAUUUCAUGAAAAAUAACUGCAUGAUUUUCUCCUUUAAGAUCCCGAUGACCAAACUUGAUUUGAUUCUUUUCCAGCCAGACUUUCUUGUGCUUCACAUUACCCACUUUUUAUGUUUCCCCUUGUAUCCCCAAAGCUGUAUUUAUUGCAGUGCCUCUUUGUAAGACAUUCUACAGUUUUAUGGUCAAGAUUUUAAAUUGUAUGUUUCAAAUAAAGCCUUAAAUUCUUUA